CUGAGAGCUCCUGAAGUCGGGAAGAGAAACCAGUGCCAACGAGACCCGACAUUCGUUGAUCGAGAUACAGUAACCCGAACUCCGAUAAUCAUCAGCAUUCGAACAAAUGCUACCGGUACUACCGGCAAACAAAACCACUCUUUUGAUCGCAGAAAAGAGGACAAGGCAAAGGCAUAAACAUACAACAAAUGGCCUGGCACACGACGGUCAUACAACUUUUAUCUCAACUACAAGGAUUUCAUUUUGAUUGAUUGGAUUGAACAAUAUACACGAAUACGCUCCUAGAGCGAUAUAGAAAUAGGGUUAUCAACGGCAGCAGCUACAGCAACUACAAAGUCUUUUUGGUUGUCGUCCAAGGUAACAGAAACAGAAGUAGAAACAAAAACAAAAACGAGUAUCAUGUCGAAGAAGGGCGAGGUUCAUCGCAUGGUAUCGGAUAUUUCUUCCGCCAUCCAAUCAUCUGCACUGCUAUCACUGUUGGACGAGGCUAAGGCGAAUGGCUCUCUUCCAGAACCAGCAAUAGCGAUCAGAGACGAUCAAGCAUCCUUAUCGAACGUCAAUAAUCCACGCCGCCGAACGAAACGCAGGGAAAAAACUACCAAACAGAGGGAUGCUAUUCUCCCGAAAUGCCUAGCUGACAUCCCACAGUCGACGCUGGACGAACGAAUUAAACCAAUCAAGCGAGCCCUUGAACGGGUCGAUGCGGAAAAGCUUCUCAAUCUCGAACUGAUUCAUCCCUCCGCCUCAUCACGGCUAGAAGGACAAACAACCUUGGGGGCCCGGGUCCAAGACGGGUAAGAACCAGAAUGAGAGAAACGAUAGAUCGAGAUUGCGUCAGCUUUGGAUUGUCCCAUGAGUCCAAUUGUUAACUUACCGCUGUCCCUCGUUCUCGCUCCAACAAAUCGUGUGGAAAAUCAAUUGUCAACCCGCGCACAAACAUGUACACUAUACAAACAAAGAGUUUAUUGCCGGCCCAUUAGCGAUCAGAUACUCCCCAAAUUGUGCGUGGAUGACGGUGAAGAUGGUGAUGAUGAAAAUGCUGCCAUGAACAACGCUCACGACGAAUACCGAAACAGCGUGGUUCGAUAUCUGCACAUUGCCGAAAUCCCUGACCAGUACACGAUAGGAAUCUUUGUGUUUGGCCCCAACCAACGAAUCCCGCUCCACGAUCAUCCCGAAAUGUGUGUCUUGUCCCGAGUCCUGUAUGGGGAUUUGCAGCGCUUGUCCCUGGAUUUGGAUCGCGGCGAACAGGAACACAACCGAAGGAAUACUUCAUCAAAAUCGAUGGGCGAAGUCGACAGCGUCGCAAUGAGAGACAUGGAAGGUGACAAACGUUUCGACGAACCUUUUGUUCGUAGUUUAGACCAGGAUCAUCAUGCAUCGUCCUCCUGGUUAUCGCGGAGUGCAACGUGGCUACGGACCAGCUUGAAUGGAAGGAACUUUGGAAGCGGCGGAAACAGCCACAAUAAUGAUUUUGACCAUCACCAAAAACAGUUUCCGAAUGGCACCAAACUUGCCUUCAAAAACAGCAUCGAUGUAUUGCAGGCACCGGGUGUGGUCGCUCUGUAUCCCUUUGAGGGAAAUUUGCACGAAUUUGUGGCGGGACCCCACGGCGCGGCCGUUCUAGACGUACUGUUACCACCGUACGACGACGAAUGCAAACGCGAUUGUACAUUUUACCACAUCCGAGACGUGGACAACGCCACAUCUAGUAUGUCAACAGAAUCUACAUCCCCGGUGUCGUCGUCAACGACAUCGGUAGCUUCUGAAAACUCAUGCCAAAACCAGAGUCGAUCCCUAACAAUCGAAGAGCAGCAAUCCAACGAAAAAUACAGGGGCAUUGAAACUGAGAAUACUAACAAAGUCAUGCUAGGUAUUGAAAAGCACGAACAAUCUUUCCACACGAGGAGAAUACCCUGCCUCGUUGUUCCCACCGGUCAACCCGAAACUUUUCACUGUAUUUCGGGCCGAUACCGAGACAUUGGCGAUGCGGAGGAUGACUACGACGCGAUGGAGUCCGAUGAUAGCAGCGAGGAAAGCAUCAUGGAAGGAAGCCAUUUCGAUGGCGACAACAAGAAUAUGUUGCAUGGCGAUAUCAUAUUCGGCGAUGACAUCAAAGAAUGACACCUCGCAAGCUCGAAUGCAUCGUAGUGAGUGGCAUCACAAGCUCGUGAUAACUUCGAAGGUUUCAUAUUCGUCAUUUUCCAUAGAGACGUGGAUUCCAUUGUUUGUGGUUGCAAGCGCGUCAUCGAAAUGCAAAUUUUGCCUCCUCAAACCGCAAUGAGUGUACUUUGUCUUUGCUAGAUUGAAAGCGCUGGCACGUUGGUGCGUCAUCCCAUGAAUAUCUCCUGUGUUCCAUCGGGGAAGGCGUUGGACUCGAAGAGGUUGAAUGAGGGUUGGUGCGGUAGCAGCUGGUGGAUUGUUCUGUCCAUCAAUCAUGGUCUGUAUGUGUUGAGAUAUGCAUUGUUUAAUCGUCUCCGAUUCAGUAACAAACUGCUGGAGAGUGUUGUCGAUACGUGAGUGGAAGUCCUGAGACGAUAUAGAAUCUCAUAUCAGCUCAUGUAUGAUCUGUUGCACUGGUACCCGAAGCACAACUGAGCAAGCGUCCCAUCCCUAUCAGAACGAUGUCGGGAUAGAAAGAGGACACUGAGAAUUUUGUUCCUUAGUAUAUAGAAACGAAAAUAAUUUUUUUUUACAAGA